CUGGACUGUCUUUUUUUAUUUUCUUCUCCACGACUUUCCUCGCACUCAACCUCUCCCUCAUUGGUGGCUUUUUCGCACCCGUGAAACUCUCUCACACCAAAAACAGCGUCAGAGACGACACAAGCUAGGCACCCUAAACUCGAUUCUCCUCCAAGUUUACUGAAGAUGCCAGUGUUCUCGCUCUAUUCAUGUCCUUGUCACGUUUCAGUCCAGGCCUAUUUUUAGCAACUUUAUUCUUCUUCUUUUUGAGAUAAAUAGAUAUAUAUACAUAUACACACAGACAAGAAAAGUGAAAGUGAAGAAGAAGAGAAGAGAGGAUGGCGAGGGAGAAGAUACAGAUCAAGAAAAUUGAUAACACGACGGCGAGACAGGUAACUUUCUCUAAACGGCGAAGAGGGCUUUUUAAGAAGGCCGAGGAGCUCUCAGUUCUUUGCGAUGCCGAUGUUGCUCUUAUCGUAUUCUCCUCUACCGGCAAGCUCUUCGAAUACAGCAGCUCAAGCAUGAAGGAAAUACUCGAAAGACAUAGGUUGCACGCGAAGAACCUUGAGAAGCUGGAGCAGCCAUCUCUUGAACUACAGCUAGUUGAGAAUGCCGACCGCUCCAGAUUGUGCAAGGAAAUUGCUGAGAAAAGCCAUCAGUUGAAGCAAAUGAGGGGGGAAGAGCUCCAGGGAUUAAGCAUAGAGCAGCUGCAGCAGUUGGAAAAAUCCCUUGAAGUGGGAUUGCGUCGUGUCAUAGAGAAAAAGGGUCAAAAUAUAAUGAAAGAGAUCAGUGAUCUUCAAAGGAAGGGACUACGAUUGGUGGAAGAGAAUGAGAAACUGAGGCAACAAUUGUUUCAGAUAUCUAACAAGGGAAAACAAGGUGGUGCAGAGUCAGAGAAUGUAGUUUAUGAAGAGGGCCAGUCAUCAGAGUCUGUAACCAAUCUCUGUAACUCUAAUGGUCCACCAUAUGACUAUGAAAGCUCAGAUACCUCUUUAAAGCUUGGGUUACCCUAUUCCGGCUAAACUAGGGGGAAAUGCCAGUAUCAGAGAGCAGAUAUUUCUCAUGUCAAUAGAAGAAAAAGAAACAUGUGAAUCUGUAAUGGGUGUUUAGAAAGUAUAAAAUUUGGCAUUAGACAAGAAAUACUUGUAAUUACUGUUUUGAAAAUCUUUAAUUUACGAUCUGAAUUUCAUUAAUAACACGACAAUAAUUAUCUC